AUGACGAGUUUUGCCACCUUGGCCUAUGCCCUACUUCUCCCGGCACUAGUCAUCUUACACAAUGUCAUCAAACAUUUUUGGUGCAAAAGCGUCGAAGGAAAAUCCAAGUCGUUCCCACUCCCUCCAGGGCCCGCCCCGUGGCCUGUGAUCGGCUGCGCCCCUGAGAUGCUCCGGAACAAGCCCGCAGCCCGGUGGAUCCUUCGUUGGAUGGAGGAGAUGGACACCGAAAUUUCGUGCUUUCGCAUAGGGAACACGAACGUCAUUCCUGUAACCGACCCGAAGAUCGCUCGGGAGUUCCUUAAGAAGCAAGAUGCCACAUUCAUGUCGAGGCCCAUCUCGAUGGCAGCCUGGGCAUUCAGUGGCGGCUACAUGACUACUGUCAUGUCGCCCUACGGGGAGCAGUGGAAGAAGAUGAGGCGAGUCCUCACGUCGGAGAUCAUAUGCCCCGCACGACACAAGUGGCUCCAUGACAAGAGGGCCGAGGAAGCCGAUAACCUCUUGAAGCAUGUCUUCAACCAAUGCAAAAGCCCAGGGCAAGUGAACUUGAGGCACGUAACAAGGCACUAUUGUGGAAAUGUGAUAAGAAGGUUGGUGUUCAACAAGAGGUACUUUGGCAAGGGAAGGCAAGAUGGAGGACCAACCAUUGAUGAAGAACAACAUGUGGAUGCACUGUUCAACGCACUAAACUAUCUCUACGCAUUCUGUGUUUCCGAUUAUUUCCCAUUCUUGGUCGGGCUUGACCUUGAUGGGCAUGAGAAGGUUGUGAAAGAUUGCACCAUGACGUUUAGGAGGUUGCACGACCCCAUCAUAAACGAGAGAAUCAAACAAUGGAGGGACAAUUUGAGUUCGGAGAGUAAUGGAAAAGAGCCUCAAGAUUUGUUGGAUGUUCUUAUUACGCUUAAAGACUCAAAAGGGAAGCCAUUGCUAACGCCACAUGAAAUCAAAGCCCAGGCUACGGAAAUUAUGAUGGCCGCGGUGGACAAUCCAUCAAAUGCAGUGGAAUGGGCAAUGGCCGAGAUGAUAAAUCGGCCUGAACUCCUUAAUAAAGCCAAAGAAGAAAUUGAUAGAGUUGUGGGAAAGGAGAGAUUAGUCCAAGAGUCAGAUAUCCCCCAGCUCAACUACAUCAAGGCAUGCGGUAGGGAGGCCUUCAGGCUCCACCCGAUUGCGCCCUUCAAUGUCCCGCACGUUGCCCUGUCCGAUGCCGUCGUGGCCGGCUACCACAUCCCCAAGGGCAGCCACAUCCUCGUGAGCCGGAUGGGUCUUGGCAGGAACCCUGAAGUGUGGGACGAACCCACCAAGUUCAAGCCAGAGCGGCACAUCAUGGGUGAUGCUGUGGAAGUCGUGCUCACAGAACCCGACCUGCGGUUCAUUUCCUUCAGCAGUGGCCGGCGCGGUUGCAUUGCCGCGCAGCUUGGGACGACGAUGACCGUUAUGCUCCUUGCCAGGCUGAUUCAGGGGUUUAACUGGAGUACACCCCCCAAUAUUUACAGCAUCAGUCUUAAUGAAUCAAGGGAUGACUUGUCCCUCGCCGAGCCAUUGGUUCUUCAAGCUGAGCCACGGUUACCAAACUAUCUCUAUCCAACAUAA